AUGAUUUCAGUUAAUGCUUCCGCUUCUUCAACAUCUGCCAAUGUUAUACUGAAUGGAAACAACUUUAAGGACUGGAAAGAAAAUGUUCUGAUUAUCCUCGGUUGUAUGGAUCUAGACCUUGCGCUUUGGAUUGAUCGUCCCACUAUUACAAAUGAGGGUACACUUGAUGAAAAACGGGACCUUGAAAAGUGGGAUAGAUUAAAUCACAUGUGUUUAAUGAUCAUCAAGCGAGGAAUUCCAGAAACAUUUAGGGGUGAUAUCUCUGAAGUUACUAAUGUUAAGGAAUUCAUUGAGGAAAUUGAGAAACAUUUUGCAAAAAACGAUAAGGCUGAAACUAGCACGCUUCUAGCGAGCUUAACCUCAAUAAAAUAUAAAGGAAAAUGA